UUAAAACUAAAUAAAACAUAUCAGUGUUAUGUUCAAUCAAAUACAUCUUGAUAAUAAUAAACUGUUUUCCUUUCCAUGAUGAAAUACUGUUGAUCAAAUUAAUCAUCGAUUAAAAUCAGAGUUGGUUGAAGUGACCCUGGGGAUCAAUUGUGUACAACAUAAGUUGAGUAAAAAUUACAAAGGUGAACAAAGUUCACUAGAUUUUGAUCAAUAAAAUUAUAAAUAUUCUAAUAACUUUUUGCAAUUUUCACCAAGAUUUAUACAAUCAAUCCCUUGCUAAAUGCGCUCAAUGUGCAUACAUAUCCUCAAUAACACAUUGGGUUAGCAUAAUCCGAGUCGAUUUUCAAAGUUACAGGAUUUGAACUUUGAAUAGUGGCGCUGGAAAGAAAAAACUUGUAUACCCUCUCUAUAAUGCCCUUAGUUGAUGACUUGUGUGCAUUAUUCAUAGAGGUGCAAACAUCGAAAUACGUGCCUUUGGGUUACGCUAACCUAGUGUGGGCUAAUCGUCGAGAAAUCAGGAUUUUCACAAAAGCGAAAAUAAAAAUAGAGAUUCCAGGUUCAUAUGGAUUCAUGGGUGAGGCAAGCGGCAGAAGUCGAACAAAUGUUCGAGAAAACCGAGGAGCAUUUAGACCCUGACAAGAGUGAAAGUGAGACAGAAGAUGUAGUCGAAAUAGAGAGCGUUCAUGAGACUGAGAAAGAUGCUGAAGAAAUCGACGAGGAUGAAAAAGAAAGAGAGCAAGUAGCAGAUGAUCAGCCUGCAAAAAAACGUGCUCGCCAUGACCAUUUACAUUUGAAAACUGAUUUUAUAUGGUCGUUGGAUGUUCCUGAUGAGGCGAAGGAUAGACAAUCGCAAACAGUAUAUAUUCCUAGGCCAAAAGGUGAUGCAUUAACAGUACAAACACCAUUUCAAACAUGGAAUUUAUUAUUCUCUGAGGAGAUUCUAAAUAUUAUUCUCUCUUAUACGAACAAUGAGAUUGUUAGAGUCAUUCAAAAAAUGAAAGACACUAAACGACAUAUAGACUCAUAUCAUAAGCCUACAGAUCUUGUUGAGUUAAAAAGUUUCAUUGGUUUAUUAUAUCUAGCGGGGAUGCAUAAAAUGAAUUAUUCGACAAGAAAAGCUUUGUGGUCCUUAAACAACAUCCCUUUAUUUCGACUAACGAUGGCUGAAAAUCGUUUUACGUUCUUAAUAACUUGUUUGCGAUUCGAUGAUAAAAAUUUACGUGCUGAGCGGAAAACGAACGAUCAUUUCACACAUAUUCGUGAAGUUUGGGAAUUAUUUAUUGCAAAUUGCGUUAAAUAUUAUGAGCCACACAGUAACUGCACGAUUGAUAAGCAACUGUUAGCUUUCCGCGGUAAAUGUCCUUUCAAAACAUAUAUGCCAAAAUCUGACAAAUAUGGUUUAAAGGUGAUCUUGUUAAAUGAUUCUGCAACACAUUACAUGUACAAUGCAAUUCCUUACGUCGGAGCUAUAGAUAAAGAUCCAACCGAAGCAGUUCCUUCGUAUUACAUAAAAAAAUUAACAGAACUCAUUUUUAAUACUGGACGUAACAUUACAUGUGAUAACUGGUUCAUGUCGAUUCCGAUUUGUGAUAUACUACGAAAACAAUAUAAUCUAACAAUGGUAGGGACUAUAAAAAAGAAUAAACCUAAAAUUCCGGAUUUGUUUAAAAAAGGUAAAAAAAAUGCCGAACCAAAUGUUAAAUUUUAUUAUCACGAUGGAAAAACUUUACUUUCUUAUAAUCCUAAAGGAAAAAAGAAUAUAUUAAUAUUAUCAUCACUGCAUAAAAAUGGAAAAAUUGAUGAAAUUAUACAAAAACCCGAAAUAGUUGUUUUUUACAAUUUAACGAAAGAAGGCACGAAGAGUUUUAAUCAGAAAUGCCAUCAAUACAGUACGACCAGAAAAACUCAACGCUGGCCCAUGUGUUACUUUUAUGCUAUGCUUGACUAUGCAAGUGUAAACAGUUUCAUUUUGUAUACUUUAUGCAAAGAUAAUCCAAAGCUAAAGCGCUUAGAUUAUAUUUAUGAUUUGUGCAUGGCCCUUAUAAAACCCUCUUUACAAAGGCGCUUGAUGACACCGACUCUCAGAGCAAAUUUGCGUAUACAAAUUGAAGAAUACGUGAAUAACACUAAACUGUUUGAAGAGCAGGAUCCCCUUUUCUUUUCGGAAUUGUUGGUUGACAAUAAAAUGGUCAAGCAAAAAAGAUGUGGGUACUGUCCAUCGAAUUUAGACAGAAAAACCUUUUAUAAAUGUCUAUCAUGCGAUCGUCCAAUGUGCCGAGAGCACGUAGCAAAAAUUUGCUGCGAAUGCUCCACUCACCUUGGACAAUAAUGUAAAAUUGUAAAAUAUUUUUUGAUAAUUAUGAAUUAUAUAGGCAAACCAGUGAUUACAUUGAUCUUGAUAUGUUAAAAAGUUAACAAUGUAAAUGAGUAUGUCAAAGUAAGAUCUACCUGGAAGGUCACCUAUGAGAGGGCGAAACUCAAAAGUGUCAAAGUGAUCGAAGCUCGUUUUUUUAUAGUUUUUCUAUAAUUACUAUUUUUUAAAUAAACUACUUUUCUAUCUACGUUUAA